CCUACUUAAUUGCACCAAAUACGUAUUAUUUUAUCUACUUUGUUUAUGGUUUUUCCUACCUUCCAUUAUUUGGGGUCUAGUGAUGAUCUGAAAUCAUAUGAUCUAUACAAGUAUGUAAAAAGAGUUCCUUGUAAAGGUGCAACAACUACAUGGAUCCAUCUGUUGUUACUCGAAAAUUGUUAGAUAAAAAUGGUUCUUGCUGGGUAACCAUAGAUGGCGAAAAUUAUUACGUGGGAAAAGUCUGGAAACAAAUUAAGAAUGAUAAAGCAGCUCAAAAAGCUCUGUUGAAGGACCUUCAAACAGGCGAGGAUAGUGGAUACUUGGAAGCCAAGAAAUUGCUGAAAGAAGCUGAUGACGGAGAUAGUUCAGGUAUAAGUCGCAAAUCUGCGCACUCAGCACCUGCACCUUGCCCACCAGAACCACCCACAUGGCCUCCGACUGGAAGUUUUGCAGGACAAGCUGAUGAACAUAGGUUCCAAUCUGAAGAUCCCGGAUCAUGGGUUCGCGCUGAGGUCUCAAAGCAAAUUAGUCAUGCUCAUCACACCUGGGACAUGUUGAACUCAAUGUUAGCCUACACGGUUCUAAGGAUGUGAUUGCUUUCGUUUGCAUCUUUCUCUUCUGCAUUCUAUCGCUGCUAAUGUGGAACGUGGUGAAGUAAUAACCAUCUAGACACCAAAUAUCCAGCCCUUGUGUGCAUCUUUGUUUUAUCAAUAAAUCUUGUUGCUUGUUUUCUAAACUGUUGUUCCAAGAAAAUGUGUGGUGUCCUUCAAAACGUCUUUCUUGUAAUUUAUUUUUGUGAAUCAAUGUAAUCAUCUUUUAGUA